UCGCCGACGCGAGUCGCCGGUGUUCAAUAGUUUCACGACGAGGAUCAAAUUUAUCGGACAGUGAGGGACUUUCGAGGGACUGGAUACAUUCGCGUGAUCGACGAUAAGAUAUUGGCGCGAGCGAAAGUGAAAUUUGAGUUUUUCUUCUUUGUUUUUGUUUUGGUGGAAUUUUUCACUCGUGUGAUAAUUGGUGGGAGGUGUCGCGUGGGGUAUUAAUCAUGUGAGUAAAUGGCCGUGAUAAUUGACGGCCACUGUUGGAGAAACCUACUAUGGGCAUCUGCCUUGACACUGAUCAUCAUAAUGAAUCGCAGGUGUUCGAGGACGGGGAUGCUCGAAGUAUCGGAAGGUGGCGAGGUGAAGCAGGCUUACUGUCAACACCACCGGCUGGUGUAUUUCCAAUGCAGAACGUUGGCCCAGUCAAGUUUGAACCACCCAAUGUUCCUGUCAUUUUUGUCCUCGGCGGCCCUGGCAGCGGUAAGGUGACACAUUGUGACAAUCUAAUGCAAGAGGAAAAUGGGAUGACGCACAUAAAUAUGACAGACCUCCUGCAGCAAUACGCCCUCGGCAAUGACAUGCAGGACUUUGGUCUCUUGAGUAGCAAAACAGUGGCUGAAGUCCUCAUGCUGGAGAUGAAGAUGUCACCGGGGGCUAGGACAUUUUUGGUCAGCGGCUAUCCCAGGAAUAUGAGAGAUGUCGUUGAAUAUUCGGAAAAGAUUCAAAUAAUCAAUGGCGUUAUCCUGGUAUCCUGGAGACAAGAAGUCUUAGAACGACAGAUUGACUAUGGAGCCCAACUAGGUCACGUGAUCCUGAGUCUCGCGCGAAUGGAACUCCGAAAUUUUUAUCGAAAUGUCAUGCCUGUUGCUGAGUAUUUCGAUCGGAGUGGUAUUCUCCUGGAGGUCAAUGGAGAACGAAAUCCUAGUGAAGUCUAUGUUGACUUUCGAGAAGCGGUUGUGAGAAUUUUGGGAUUGUCGGAGAAUGGUGCCUUUGAUAGAUCAUUACCGCAGUCGCUGGAAACUGAAGUGGAGGUGGUGCAGCCGGACGUGACGUCCAAUCCUCAAUCUGCCACUCAGAUAACUUCACCACCCCUUCCGAUCCGCCCGAUUCCCGCCAAAACCGCCAACAAGCCAAGAAAAGGUCUGCCGAGCUUCAUCUGGGUGAUAGGUGGACCGGGGAGCAACAAAUCCCACCUCUGCACACAAGCUAUCCGUAACAUGCCCAACUGGGUGCACGUUGACAUCGGUGGUUUAUUGAGGACCAUGGCAACAUCGAAUCCCGUGAUAAACGAUGCAAUCGUCGAUGGGGAAAUGGUCUCCCAGGAUAUCAUCAUGCAGCUGGUAGAGCAGCAAGUACUACUCAAUCGGGAUAAUGAUGGCAUUGUAAUCGAUGGCUUCCCCAGGGAUUUGUCGCAAAUGCAGGAGUUUGAAAGCAAGUUCGGACAAGAGCCACCACUGAUUCUACUAGACUGCUCGAAACUUCAAUUAGGCCGUGGAAAACUUGACGACAGCGUCCCAGCAUUUCGGAAAAGAUUGGAAAUAUUCAGGGAAGUUACGCUGCCGAUGUUGAAGACAUUGGAUAAUGACAAUCGUCUGAGAACGAUCGACGGUGAUACAGAUGUACCCUCGGUCCAACAAGAAUUUGCAGCAGCAAUCUAUGAACUGAUGCGUCAAGCCCGACGCAAAGAAGACGCCAGCCAUUCAGCGAAUGAUGAUGAUCACCCAAACUUAGGAGCCCCCGGUAACAUCAACGGGGGCCUGCGAGAUGUGCGCUUACCUAACGGAAUGUCGAAGAAUAUCAUCCCAAAUGGCAUCAGUUCGCUUAAUCAUUAUCCGAUCAACAGGAAAAAGAAAAUCGAAGCGAUUAAACUACCCAACGGAUUUGCCCAUCAUGGAUCGAAAAAUGGGGUCAGUGUAAAAGUCCGUGAAGCUGUCACAGAGGGUGCAAGAAUAGCCAAUGGUAUCAUGCGAAAUGGUGCUCCGCAAAAUAGCAAUCAUGUACAUAUGAAUGGUGCAGCGAAUGGUGCACAACAUUAUCUACAAAACGGCGUUGGUUAUUUGUCUAAUGGAGUUCCUCCGGGUGUCAACAGGGUUGCGCCUGCGCCAAUCACUAACCCCAAAGACUCCAUUAGGAAAAUGUAUAAUGAAGUUGAUGGAUAUCACGAAGAUCUUCACAUAUAGACUAUGGAUCGAGUGCAAGUGAACUCAGUAUUAUAGAGGGAUUAAAGUUAUUGAGGAGACCCUAGUAACUUUUUCUUACUGAAAAAUGUAAUUUCCAUAGGGGACAGCGAAAAAAAAGCAAGAUAAUAAGAGUGACUAAAUAAUCAGGAAGAAUAUCGAAGAAAUAUUGGCCAUCUAGUAGGAUUUCCUCCCAUGAAUAGAGGAAAUUUUAGUGCAGUAUAUGAUUGGAAAAUGAGGGCACAUGUUUAUUAGAGAAGAACUAAUGAAGAACUGCUCAUUAUCUUUAACUAUAACAAUCAACAUUUGUAGUUAAACUAUUAGAGAAGAUAAUCAUUGUGCAAAUAUGAUAGUAUUUUUCCAGUGUCUAGUGGGAGAAAAAGGAAUGAUUAUGGUGAGAGUGAAAAACUCAAGGAAUACUGUUAUACGAAUUCAUAAAUAAUCAUAUUUUUCCAUACACAACGUGGAAGUAGUGUAUUUGAUUCCAAAAACGGCGAUACCAGGAGCAAUUCCGCUGGCGGAUUUGAUAUAAAAACCAAUUGUUGAAUUUGAAAAUGAAAAAGUCAUUGAGUGAUAUCCGCGAAUAUUAUCGUUGGUGGAAAUAAUGAGUGCCUUUAAUGAUUACGAGUAAGAUUACGGAAUAUUCGAACGAAUUUCUACGAUUUUUACAAUUAUCUGAUUUCAACCUACGUGUAUCCGAAAAAUAUGUAUAUUUUUAUUUGAGAUCACCACGUUCUGAGCAAUCAAUGUAGUGAUCGUUUAGAUUGUCAAGUGGAAAAAUUAUACGUGUGGCCGUUCACAUGAAAAGGACCCGCUUUGUCGAUAUGGAGUUAUGUAUAUUCUGAAAAAUUCGAUCGCUAGAGAGAAUGAAAAGCCAAAUUAAUACGGAAAUUGGGAAACCAGUCUCAACAAAGUGGACUUUUUCCACGCGGACGUCCACUAAGUUAAAGUUAUCUAGGAGAGGUGGAGCAAAGUGGAACAAUAUUCUUUAUAUGUUAAGUCAACAUUAAACCCGGUAAUCGAUCAUUUCUUAUGCAACCGUUGAAUAAUUGAUGAAGUAUUUUAAUAUUGUAUGUAAAUGUUUAUA